GGAAUAUCUCUUAUGCUAAAUACUGGGCACAAGAAAAGGCAAGACUCGUACCAGAUUCAACUUUAAUUGAUUUGAAAACUGGUAUAGAAAUUGUUGUUGUAGAAAAAGCAAAAACCACUGUGAUAGAAGAUCUUACUAAGGCUCAAAAGGAUGUUGAAAAAAGCAAUAUUACUACAAGAUCAAAUAACAUCCAUAUACAAAAUGUUGGCCGAAAAUGA